CUUGUCACCCAGACACGAUGCUGGGAUGACAGCUCCAUCAUAUUACUGGACUUUGUUUAUUGAAACACUCUGCUAAUGACCAGCAUGACGACUCCGUGACUUUACUGGACUUGGUUGUAUUGAAACACUCUGGACUCUCAGGAACGAUUUGACUUUUCUUCAAGAAGGUUAUAUGUCCUCCGUUGCCUAAUUCAGGCAUUACAUGAUAGAAAUAGGUUGUAAAUAAACUUUCUAAACCUGAAACGGUUUCACCAUCAAAAGCUGAACAAUGUCUGUUUUUCCCCCGGACAGCGAGCAAAGCAGUAACGUCAUGUCUUCCAUCAGUGUGUCGACCACCAACAUGCAGUCCGGCCUCUCUUCUCUAACAUCCUUCCAUAAACUCAAUCCAACUUUCAUAUACUCCACAAUCCUUAUAACGGUGAUUGUCGGGGGGAUGCGCACGACACGGAGAGGCCUUCUGCAAUUCCUCAAGAUCUACGCCAGUGACUUCUGGUGCCAAAUGAGAAAACUCUCCCCACAUUUGCUGGUCAUGUACGGUAUUAAUAAGAGCGUUCCAGCCAGUGUGCAACAGAUAGUGGGGAAGAAGGUCCGAUACGUGCAUAAAUCCGUCUUAAAGAGACUGAAAUUAUGGGUUAAAAAAAAUCCGAAAGCUAAGCACAGUCUUCGCCACCAUCAAAGAAAAGUCAACAAGACGGUCACGUUAUACCGAAAGAUGCCUUUAAAAGCAAUAUCCAGACUGUGGGGGCGCUUCAACGACCUUCACCUUCCUGUCUUCCUGCGUCAUCCGCUCCUCAGUAUUUAUGUCUGGAUGUUUGGAUGUAAUCUGUCUGAGGCCGAGAUUGAAGAUUUGAAGCACUACCGAAACCUUGGAGAGUUUUUCCGUCGACAACUGAAAUCCCACGUCCGACCUAUUGAUGAUGCUCAUUCCCUGACAAGCCCGGCUGAUGGCAAGAUCCUGCACCAUGGCCAGGUGAAGAACGGGGUGGUGGAACAAGUCAAGGGGGUCACAUACUCACUCCGGGGUUUCCUGGGGCCAGCCUGGCAGCGAACUCGACAUGGCGAGGACAUCAACCACCUGUCUGACAAGGAGUACCAGGAACGGCUGGGGGUGAAACCAGGGCACCGGCUGUACCACACCAUCAUCUAUCUGGCGCCCGGCGACUACCACCGCUUCCACUCCCCCACCCAGUGGAGCAUACAACAUCGCCGACACUUCCCUGGUGAGUUGCUCAGUGUCAGCCCCGGGGUGGCGCGCUGGGUGCAGGGGCUCUUCAACUUCAACGAGCGAGUCGUUUACUCCGGCACCUGGGAGCAUGGAUUCUUCUCCAUGACGGCCGUCGGCGCCACCAACGUUGGUUCCAUCAAGAUCUACUGUGACGAGGAAUUGACGACUAACAAUUCACGGAAGCAGCCGCACGGUACCUACUUCGACAAAUCGUUCUCCAAUCCAAUCUCUUUCAACAAGGGUGAGAUGUUUGGGGAGUUCAACCUUGGCUCAACCAUUGUGCUAAUCUUCGAGGCACCGAACGACUUUGACUUUAAGAUUGAAAACAGUAAAAAAAUCAAGUUUGGUGAAGCCGUCGGGACGUGCAGUCCUGAAGAAGCUGAUGCUGGGAAACAGACAUAAGGAACACCUCUUGCUCAAUAUGCUGCAAAUGUCGACAUUAAAUGAGUGUCUGUGGCCUUCCUGACAUUGCCCCUGUUACAAGGCAUGUGGUAAAUAGCUAUGAUGUAUGUCUCCUGCCAGGAAAUAAGGAGUUAUCUCCCUUCCAACAGUAUUUCUUCAAGCUCCUUCCCAGCGUGUGAUACCUUCGUUACCUUCUUGGUAACAUCGCUACACGAGUGUGCAAGCGGCCGUUACAAGAGUCUUGAAAAUGUUCCCCCUAAUGUAGUGAUAUUUUUGUGUGUAUGUCUUUGGGAAUGCCAUUAUGGUGAAUUGGAAUAAUUUACAUCUUACUAUUUCCCGGAUGAAUUUACAUUUGUUUGUUUAAUGGAAUGGUUAGAAAUUGCAGACAAACAGAAAACACCCUGUUUCACCUUACAUUUUCACUGUACUAAUUACAUGUUAGUUGAAAUGAAAUUCCAAAUUGACAAACAAAUGAAGAGGUUUAGCUGAGGGAAGAGCAUUCAGCGACAGUAAACACUAGUUUGUGAACAUAACGAUCAGUUAGAUUGUUGCAAGUUCAACUCCAUGCAUGGUUGCCAAGUGCCUAGCACAGUUGGGAGCUGUGACUGCUGGCUGCGAUAGUGUAGAGAGCUCCGCAACAGGGCUAUCGCUGUGAGGAGUCUGGUGGCAGCAAUGGUAUAGAGAGCUCGGGUUCCGUCUUAGCGCAAACGGGUAUACCUAAAACAAUUGUCAACUUGUUGCGUAAUGGUUCACAUUCAUCGAUAGGGGGACGAGUCUUCUUGCAGGUUACGGAAAGGGGCGAGUGGUGACGAAUGGGCAGCAAUGGUAUAGAGAGCUCCGUGACAGGGCUAUUGCUGAGAGGAGCUUGAGUAUUUCUUAUGUCAAAAUAUGAUGACCCAUGUAGAAUAGUUUCAUACAGCUGACCUGAAGGUAUCUUUACCACAAAUGAUCAAUCAAAGAUUAAGGGCUCUAUAUAUUUCCCAUAGUCAAAUGACCAGGGCUUCUAAAUAAGGAUAAUUAAGUGCUAGCUAUAGGUGUUGUGUUUUGGAAGAGUGGCACUAGCGUAAUCCUCAAAAUACUUCGGGGCUGACUAUUUCAGGCGGGGCCUGCAAUUUAUUUUAGAAAAAAUAAUUUGUUGGAUAAAAUAGUUUGUCCAUAGGUUUUACCCCCAACUUGUAAAUUGGUCACUGGACACUCAGGAUGUGUAAACAAUGUGUUCUGAAAAAAAGAAAUGCAAUUGUGUGUUUUGAAACAGUAACAGAACAAGUAUCCUGCCUCUUACAUAAAGGGUUAGCCCUCCCCCAGAAUAUAAAGUGGUGGUUCCAAAAGUGUCUACAGGUGGUUCAACAUUGUCAGUACACAGUGAUUUGUUCAAGGACGAUAAAUGUGAGGGCCAUGGUAGCCUAGAGGUCUAACACCGGAAUUUGGUGUUCAGAGUUGUCUCCCUUAGUCAUUUGAGGAUUCUCUGGUUGUGGGUUUGAAUCCCUGAUUCACCCUUAAUAUGUUGCUUGGUGCAUCAGAAUCCUACCCAUGCUUCCAAGAGUCUCAAUAUUUGUGGACAUGCACGACGUGCACUACUCCUUAGCCAUUUCAGGAUCUGCUAGACACUGGAUUGAAUCUGAUUCACCCUCAAUAAGAUCCUAGGUGCGUCAGAAUCCUACCCAUGCUUCCGAGAGUCUCAAUAUUUGUAAACAUGCACGACGUGCACUACUCCUUAGCCAUUUCAGGAUCUGCUGGACACUGGAUUGAAUCUGAUUCACCCUCAAUAUGAUCCUAGGUGCGUCAGAAUCCUUCCCAUGCUUCCGAGAGUCUCAAUAUUUGUGGACAUGCACGACGUGCACUACUCCUUAGCCAUUUCAGGAUCUGCUGGACACGGGAUUGAAUCUGAUUCACCCUCAAUAUGAUCCUAGGUGCGUCAGAAUCCUUCCCAUGCUUCCGAGAGUCUCAAUAUUUGUAAACAUGCAUGACUUGCACUGCUCAGAGCUUUCACCCCCAGUUGCCGUGAUAUAACUGAAAUACUGGAGUGAGACCACUCACUCGCUGCAGAUUGAAAUUGUGUUUCUUUCAUUCUUCACCAGUAUCUAUGCUGCUAAAUCACUAUAGUUUCACAUAGUUUCAUUUCCGAAAUAUGUUUUGCUUGUUCAGGGGUACAUUAUUUUGUCCAUAUUAGUUAAUAUGUGAAGAAUUACUUGUAUUCAAGAGGUGUUAGAUUGGUUAGAUGCACAAACGCAUCACAUGUGACAUCAUAGAUCCAUGACUGGAGAUGCACCAUUUGUCUCGUGCAGGAUUAGGUGUAAAGUUUGGAAGUCAUGUUCAGUACUGAUUAUUAGUUUUGUCAUUAAGUGGUACACACUGGAAACAUCUCUCCCUUAACGUACAAAUUUGUUCCUGGGUCGCGUCAAAAUAUUAUGUCAGUUUAAACAAUUGAGUGCCCAGUGGUCUAUGCUGGACUUGGCUGUGCAGCGUUGCAUCCCUUAGUCAUGCAGGAUCCACUGGUCAUUGGUUUGAAUCCAGAAUUAUAUCCAUACGGAUUCAUAUCAGUGGUAAACUGUCAUUUUCAUCCAUCCUCCAACGUCAUGCUAACAGCGUGAUGGAACUAAACGACUAUUCCACGUGGCGUGAAACCCAAAUCACUCAGGCAUUGACUGUAUGUGUGGUACCUCCAUCACUGUUUUUUCAAUGUGGGAAAAAAGUGUGUUAUGAUUUUCUGUUUUGUAAGCACUUUCUGUGGUUGACAGACAUGAUAAGGAACUUUUUUGCUUGUAGAAGGUAUUUUUUACGAUAAUUGAAAGAGUUUUGGUGUUUUGUGUAGAGAUUUUGGAUGUACCGAUAUGAUUUGAUUUAGGGAAUAUGUUCUGUCAAGAAGUGUGCCAGUUGAACGAAGUAUUUGUUACAUCCUAUUUGAAUAGGUAUCACCAUGGUUACGUACAGUUAAUUGUGAAUAGAUGUGUGUGUACUCGUGUGUGUCUACUAAAAGCUUGUAUUGUGUCCUGAAUGAAUGAUAGUCGUUUGUGUAAUGGUGGUUUUAUUAUUGAUGUAUUUCCAUGGAAACGUGUAAUGUAUGUUUCUGUUCAUGGUGUAGCUUCCUGAUAUAUAUUUUGUGAUAUGUACAUAGAUAUUUACUAUAUUUCAUAAAUGUAUAAAUGUUUUCUUUUGUAAAAAGGAUGAGACUGUUGAUUUGAAAAUAAAUAAUGAAA